CAGUCACAUGAAUUUUUCCAUUUUCACAUUUUACUUUUAUUUGUUGACGGGCUUACACUGAAAUUUUCUAGCUCUAUUAAUCAUUCAUUUAAAACGGGACAUAAACUUUUGCAAUUAUUAUGCAAGAGCAGCAAGGAGAAUACAGAGAUACCAUACGAAAAAUUAUACUCCAAGAAAUAUCAAGACAACAUCAAUUGCCAUCAAUGACCACCAAAAUGAAGCAAAGAGCGCAAACAGAUGCCGAAUACGCAGGAGAUGCAAUUUCAUUUGCAUUCAAUAAUCCUGCUGCUGUUGAACAAACAUAUCUCACAAAACGUCCAACUCAACAGAUAGCAAAUGGAACUUCUGUUGGCUACGACAAACAUCAAAGCUUCACCAGCGAGGUGCAAAAUGCGAAAAUCAUGGAUAAUGCUCUAAAUAGUGGUGGGGAUGCAGAUCGUCACCGCGAUUUCUUCAAAUCGAUAUACUGCCCCUUGCCAAAGUAUUGCUACACUCAAGAAGUUGCAGCACCCACUACAGACACCCCACCCUUGAUGUCGCCAGGUGCGGAAGCAAUCAUGCGCAAAUAUAAGAGUGAUUUAAAUUCAAACCCACCAUCCAUUGUUGACACCGAUGCUUUUCCUGGCUGUGGUUAUAGGGCUGAACAGAUGGGAGACCUAUACAAUAUCUCAGAGGGCAGUGUCAAAAGCGAAUCAACUUCCAAAACCGCAAUAAGUCGCAAGAGUUCUCAUGAGCUAAAAAGACUUGUAAAGUCACAAUGCAAACUUCAUAGUGAAAUCAACGACACUCUUAGUGCGCUCAAUGCCAACAAUGAGAAUAAGGAACAUUUUGAAAGUAAAGGUAGAACUGUCUUGGAUGUUGAUUUGCCCGCAAAGCCUAGUUCCUUGACGUUGCAACCAUCUGGCUCAAAGGAUAAGAAUGUCAUAGCCGAACUUGAAAAUAAGGAGAUCUUUCAAGAUGGUAAUACUGACACUCUGACAAUAACAGUAGAUGAUAUUGUCAGUUCGAAAAUAAUCAAUCCCAUGAUCAGGAAGAUGCAACGCAUGUACUUGGACAACUUGCGGGGGGAGAUGUCAUUGAUGGAAGACCUGGAGCAUAUUCCGCAUCAAGUAAGUGAAGUUUGCAAGGCCACUAUGUUCAAGAAGAAGGGAUAAUCAACAUUUUGCGUAUUCUCAUAUAUAUUUUGUAAUAGAAUUUAAACUAAAUUUACUGUAACUCCAUUUUACUGAAAUACAUAUAUCCUGUAUAGAUUUAUA